UUCAAAGCAAAACAUAAGCAUAAGUGUAAUUUAUUGUCGUUUGUUGAGUUCGCCGAAGUUCUGUAAAUACCAUUGCCAGUAUUAUAGAAUAGUUGUUUUGGUAUAUCCCGUGAGGGAUUAAUCCAAUAACCAUGGGCAACAGUGAGGAGAUUAAAUUCCUUAAGGAAACACAGUUUUCUGUUGUGCUCGGAACAUUUAUUUAUUUUGUUUCUGCUUCUGUUUUGUUUUAUUUUUGCAGAAAUUAUUUUCGAAUACAGUUUAUUAACAUUUAAUUUGGCUUUCCGACUAGUCCAUGCCAUAGCAAAACUUCCUGAAAUUUUAACAAAUAUUUGUCUGCUCUUUUCUCUUCAGCUUAGGAGUCUCAUGCAGCUGCAAGUGCUAGUCUUGCUUAAACUCAGUGAAUGUAAGCUCUUUCUAUGAAGGAUUGCUGCUUUUUGGUUCAAGUAAAUAUCCCAGGCAAGUUCAACUAUAAAUUGAGAGCAAAAUGAAUAUUUUGUUGGGGCUCAUCCAUCUGAGUCUUGUUGAAGUUCUGAGGAACUGUUGUGGUAAAAGUUUUCUUGAAGUUGCAAUGUAUUGAACAUAAAAUAAAAUAACAAUCUUUAUUCCUAUUAUUACUAUUCCCUUUUGUUGUUUGUGGCUAUUUUUUCAUGGAAAUUGAAGGGAAACUCCCAUGUGGUGAGGUCAGAGGUAUGCACAACAUUGCUCUUCAAAUUUCCAAGUGUUAAUAGAGUAGAGGAGGAGGGAACCUGGGGUUCUUAGGUUUUCAAGAUAAUCACUUGCAGAGUAAUUGCUUACUUCUCUAGGAAUUGUUUAGAGAAGUGUCCAUGAAGGAAUUUAAUUCCACAUUGCAACUUAGAAUUGUCAAAUCCUUAUUUUUUUAUUUUUUUUUCUGUUGCCUUCUAUUUGAUCUUGUCUUUGGCAAUUACUUAUUCACUUACUACCAUUUUCCCUCAAAUUUCUAUUUACUUACUCGGCUUAAUUAGACUCAAACUCGGGCGCUUCCUCUUUGUUUUCACAAGAAAACUCCAUCUCAUUCAUCAACCUCACAAUUCCUUCAUGAAGUAAGAGAAAAAGCUCUCAUCUUUUCUUUUUGUACUCUCCAACAAACUUUCAAAGGAGCCAUCUGAUUGUAUAGAACUUUCCUCUUUAUCUUUUGCUUUUCCUUACCCCUUUUUGUCUUUGCAAAAUAUCGAAAUUCAUCAGACCAAAUGUCCUCUACUAAGUAUCUCCUUAGAAAUUCAGUGCCAUGGAUUGCUGUUCUUGUUCCACCAUACUUGUUUAUUGCCAGUCUUUCAGGUUACAGUUUUCUUUCUAUUUCCAUCACAUUUUGUGUUUUGGUCAUAUCUAUCAUAACUUUUACAUACUCAAAACAAAAGUCUAGUAUCUCGAAGAAGUCAGUCAAAACAGAAGAAGCAGGGCUCAGCCUCAGCAACCAGGUUAAGCAAAAUGUAUCAGAACCACAGCCUCAAAAAGGAAAUUUGAGACAGGUUCAAGAACAUAUAGCAGAAUAUCAACUUGGAAAUGCGAUUGUUAACCACAAGAAGGAAAUACAGGAUCAUGGGGUGUCUCAAAAUCAUGUCUUAUAUUGUGAGAGUGAGAGGCUUGAUGGAAAUACAUCUUCAAGUGAAGAUUCUAAUAUUCAGUGGCCAUUCUCAGGUGAAAAAGGACAGAGCCCACAUUGCUCUGAUUGUUCAAUUUCUGAUGAGGAGAGCCUAAUUGAAAUAGCCCUUCCAAGUAGCCAUUUUUUUUACUCUGAAAAGUAUCCUAAAUUAUCUAGUAAGCAGCACCAAAAUGUAUUUGCAGAUUUAGCCCAAGAAUCCAUCUUUCUGCAGCAUAGCCUAGUGGAUUACACAGGAGAUAUCAGUGACAUGAAUGAGGAAGACAAUUUGAUAGAGAUUGACAUAUCCAUGGGAUCUAUCAAGUGUUCAGCAUUUGAAAUUCAAGCAUGAGUUGAUAUCUAUUGAUUCUUCUAAAUGUCUAAUUUGUUGAAUAGUGUUAAAAGUUUUUUGAUUUACUAUUAAAGGUUGUGGUGGGAUCUACUAUUAAAGUUUUUUUAUCCAGGUUUUAAAUUCUAUGGGUUCAGAAUCGCAAUUGUACUCAGGGGUGGAGGUAGAGUGUUGGGAGCGAGUUCGG